AUCAUAACAAGUUUUUUAAUUUGUAAAAUUUAGGUUUUUAAAGGAAUGGAGAACAAUUUAGACAUAGAGCCUUAUAACAAAGACUACUGGUACCCCGAUUCUCAUGAAUUUAUCAGAAAGGCUGAGUGUAGCCCUGAAGCUUAUGCCUUUGCUAGAUCCCGAGUUGCAACAAGCUCAUUAGCCAAUGACGUGACCACUGGUAAGGAAUGGAACAAAUUCAAGAUAAUCCCAGACGAAUACAAAACAGUGGAACUCACAAAUGGCUCGCUAGAAUACAUUGACAACGAUCCUGAAGGAAAGCUAAACGAUGCUUUACCCAUGGUAUUCAUCCAUGGGUUCUUAGGCCAUGCUUUUGAGUUCAAACCUUACCUUGACUACUUCGCAGACAAAGUCAGAUGUAUCUCCAUUUCUGUGCUUGGCCUAGAGAAGCACUUUGACAAGCCCAAGGACUUGAAUGAUGUCAGCAUCAAGAAUUACAUGGACCUUAUUGUAGAAUUUGUAACAGAGAAGUUGAAGUUUAAAAGAAUUGUACUUGUGGGACACUCCUUUGGAGGAAUCUUCUCCAAUGCAUUUUGAUAUUAUAAAGAAGAGUUAGUAGCAGGAGUCAGUUUCAAUGCGAUUAGCAAUAUCUCCUCUCAUUUAGGGUUCUUGGCAUAUACACAGUCAAGUUAUGGGAUAAUGUACCAGAUGUGAGAUGAGGAUUGGAAGAAUCUUCCUGAUUUGAACGACAGAGAUUUCCAGAAAAAGUAUCAAGAAAUAGCUAAUAAACAAGUGGAGGAUUAUUAUCUUGACCAUCAAACCUCUGAGGAUGGGAAAACAACUUACUUCCAUUACUCCAUUCCUGAAGACCCGUAUGAAUCAAUAUAGUAUCUUUCUGCUACACAAGGACCUUCCUUCGGGCCUCUUUUGGACACUAUUUGCCAAAUUUGUUCAAGAUGUUCACUUGGGGAGAGAAAGACUUUGUUGCUGAUACCACACGGGUAUAUCAGAGUGUUUAUGAGUAUAAUAAAGGGACGAGACAGAUCAAAACUAAUUCACAGUUCUUACAACCAAUUAAAGGCGUUGAUUAUUGGUCAGCCUCUAAGGAAGUUAAGACUAGGCUUUUUGGGUCUGAAGAGGUGUUUGAGCUUAAGCUAAAGCAUAUCGUAGAAGAUAAUGAGUAUUUACAUGAAGCUCAGAUCGGGCAUUGUCAUGGAUUUGAGGAUGAGAGGCAUAAUGUACAUACUAAGAGAUAUAAAUAUCUCAUCCCAGCAUUAGAAAAAUACUAUUUAGACGUUUGUUUGGUAGAAGAGCUUAAAGGAAAACAACAAGCAAAGAUUUAAAAUGCACUUCUGUACCCAGCUUCAACAUA